AUGCAGUCCCAAUUCGAGAUGAGCGACCUCGGUUUGCUCAGCUUCUACCUAGGCAUCGAGGUGGACCAGAGGAGCAACGGCAUCUGCCUCUCCCAGGCAGCGUAUGCACGCAACGUGCUUGAGAAGAUGGGCAUGGCUGGGUGCAACUCCAGUCACACGCCGAUGGAACCAAGACUGAAGCUCAGCAAGGUGAGCAGCUCCCCUCCGGUCGACGCCACUGAGUACCGAGGGGUGGUUGGCUCAUUGCGGUAUCUGGUGCACACGAGACCCGACAUUUCCUUCUCUGUCGGAAGGACUGGUAGAGAAGCCAAGCUGCUCGGGUACAGCGAUGCUGAUAUGGGUGGCGGCUUGGACACCCGGAAGAGCACCACUGGUGUUCUGUUCUUCUUCGGUUCAUGUGCAGUAAGCUAG